ACAAUAACACGUGAUUUUUCAAGAGAGCCAUUAUUUUUUUAUAAAAAAAUUUAUACGUAGUAGAAAAAAUAAAAAUAAAAAUAAACACAGAUGAAAGAAUCAACGGUUUUUGAAAGAAUGAGAAAAUUAAUGAGUGAAAAUAUGCCGUUGUUCAGGACAAAGAGUUCAACGAAAUCAGGUGGUUCUUCGGGAUCAACCGGUGUAUUACAAGAUAAAAAACAAAAUAACGGAUCUCAAGUACAACACAAACACACAAACGAUACUGGUGAUGCCACUGGUAACAGUAUUACCAGCAAUGGACUUAGUAAACGGGACAAAAUAAAUAAUCAAAAUCAAGAAACUGACGUUAAUCAAAAUAAAGCACAACUUGUUUUUCAUUGUCAAUUAGCUCAUGGUAGUACAACUGGUUUAAUAUCUGGCUUCGGUAACGUGCGUGAAUUGUAUCAAAAAAUUGCCGAGUGUUACGAAUUACCAGUUAGUGAGAUACUUUUUUGUACUUUAAACACACACAGAGCUGAUAUGUCUGAGCUACUUGGUGGUCAAAUUGGCUUGGAUGAUUUUAUAUUUGCUCAUCAAAAAGGUCAACCAAAAGAAAUUGAAUUGGUUAAAACAGAGGAUGCAUUGGGUCUGACAAUAACAGACAAUGGUGCUGGUUAUUCAUUUAUAAAAAGAAUAAAAGAAGGAUCAGUUAUUGAUCAAGUUAAAGUGAUCCAAGUUGGUGAUCAUAUUGAACGUAUUAAUACUGAAAAUUUAGUUGGUAAACGACAUUUUGAAGUUGCAAGAUUACUUAAAGAUAUACCAAAAGGUGCAACAUUUACAUUGAGACUUAUUGAACCACAAAAAAAUGGUUUUGGUAGUAUUGGUCCACGUUCAGAUCCAAGAAAAGGCAAAAAACCAGGAUAUGGAAGUGGAAAAGAAACUUUGAGAUUUAAAGCUGAUGGAAAUGCUCAAAUACAAACAGUUGAUGAUUCAGCAACAAUUGGCAUAGAUAAAAUAAAUGGAAUACUUGAAAAUUUCAUGGGAAUAAAUGAUAAUGAAUUAGCAAGUCAAAUAUGGGAUUUAGCUGUGGGAAAAUCAAACAGCAUGGAUUUUGCUGAAGCUAUUGAUAAAUCUGAUCUUGAAGCAUUUGGAUUUCCUGAUGAUUUUGUUAUUGAAGUUUGGGGUGUUGUUACUGAUGCCCGAAGUGGUCGAUUCAAUAAUUAAAAAAAAUUUAUAUUUAAAGUUAAUCAAUGCGGUUGUCGCCAUACAUUUUUUUUUUUUUCUUUCUUUCAAUUAUAUCAAGUAUUUAUAUGUUUAAAUUCAUAAUAUAUAUUUUAUGUGUACAAAAAUAAAUUGUAUACAUAACGAAUGAGAUAUGCAAAAAGAAAAAAAAAAAUUAUUUAUAAAUCAAAUAAUCAUUUUUUGUAUAAACAAGACAUUUUCCAAGACAUUAUAUUUACAAAAUAAAAUUAAAAUUAAUCUGUGUAAAUAAAACUUGUUUUUCAAAAAUUAAAAAAAUGAAAAUUAAUUGCAAUAUAAA